AUGGGUCGAAAACAAGCACCUCCACGUCGCAGCGCCAAGCGUCAGGGCAUCGCAACUCAAGCUCUGCUUGGUAAUAAAAGUCAUUUGGGUCAGCAAAAAGGAUGUACCGUGUCAAAGAAACUCAUGGGGAAGCAGCAGAAUGCACAGAAAUUGCAACAGAAGCGCGAGCAGCUCCGUAGUCAGCAGAUCGACCGGAAUCGCGGCGUCGUAUCAGGAUUGAGUCUCGCGGAGCUGGCUGGACGUGCUGCACAGGUCUCACAACAGUACGAGAUAAAUCAGAAUCUGCAGACGGAGGUGUCGUCGCAAAACAAUCUCGUCAUUAAUGACGCAUCACGCAGAGCUUACAUGAAGGAGCUGCGCAAGGUUGUGGACAAGGCUGACGUUAUAUUGGAAGUGCUGGACGCGCGUGACCCCUUAGGCUGUCGGACACUGGACAUGGAAGACGCUAUUGGGAACCGACAUGGCAAGAAAUUGGUGCUAGUGCUGAAUAAAGUGGAUCUCGUGCCUCCACAGGUGCUGCAACCGUGGCUCACGUAUCUACGAGGCUUUUACCCAACGGUGGCCUUCAAGGCGUCUACUCAAAAUCAAGCGAAACACCUCAGUGCUAACUUUGGUCGAGCUGAUAAAGCAGGUAGGGAAGCAGUGAGUGGGAGCAAAGCAGUCGGAACGGAAGCGUUGAUGCAGUUGCUCAAGAACUACUGUCGUAGUCAUGGAGUCAAGACGGCCAUCACGGUGGGUGUCAUUGGAUACCCGAACGUUGGCAAGAGCUCGGUGAUUAACUCACUCAAACGCAGCAAGGCUGCGAGUGUAUCGAGCACAGCGGGCCACACCAAAGUCAUGCAGGAGGUACACAUUGACAGCAAGAUCAAGCUUCUUGACUGCCCCGGUAUCGUAUUCGACCACUCGGAUUCGAGUGCAUUGUUGUUGCAAAAUUGCAUCAACACGGAGUUGAUGGAGGACCCUGUGGGAGCAGUGCAAGUGCUGCUGACGCGAUGCCAGCCUGCACAGCUCGCCGAGCUGUAUCAACUGCCUGUGGAUACAGUAUCAAGGUGUUUUAAGGACGCGGUGCAAUUUUUGGUGCUUGUGGCGCAAGCGAAAGGAAAACUAGGCAAGGGAGGUAUUCCUAACCGUCAAGCUGCUGCUCGCAUCGUGCUGCAGGACUGGAACCGAGGCAAGCUGCCAUACUUUACGCCUCCACCGGACCAAAGCGUUCAGGUGCUGGACACGCAGUUAGUGUCGUCGUUUGGACAGGAAUUUAAUGUUGCAGAAGAGGAUUUGAAUCCGACUAGCAUCUUCCUGCCAGACACGGGCGACGCUAAGGAGGUAAACGGUCCGCAGUGCUCGAUUUCCGUGGCAGCUACCGGCAGUGUGGCUAAGGCGUCCAAUACGGAGACCGCGACUAUGCCUGCCUUGGCUCGCAUCAGCCAGAUGCUAGAUGACUCGGAUUCCGACUUGGAUUCUGACAUGGUCUCGGAUUCUGAAAUAGCCGACGACCCCCACGUCGAUGCACGAGACUUUGCACUGCCUAUCACUGCUUUAUCAACUCAGGAGCUGGCCGCCAAGUUGUCGCAGGACGCUUUGAACCCGCAGACAGCCAGGGCGGCACGACGAAAAGCCAAGCAGUGGCGUAAGCUGAAGCGUCGAGCUACUCGUCAGCAGCUUAGCACAGAGGCCGAAAACUUGUUCAGUGAGCAAUUUGGCAGCAUUGUAGGCAUUGCGACUUCUAGUGUAGUUAAGUCCUAG